UUUUUCAAUAUGAAUAUACUAAAACAAGUAAAAAACAUAUUCAAGGAUUCUGUAUACUAUGGACACAAAUGAGAUUGGGAAAUUAUAAAUAUGGGAAAAAAGCUUCAACGAUUAAAAGUAUUUUUCAAGAUGAAGAAAUGCAUGUGGAUUUUCAUAAUGGAACGUUUGACGACACAAUCAGAUAUUGUAAGAAAGAUAGAAAUCGUUGUUCAAAACAUCAUCCCUACUGUAGGUGUGAUUUUUUUGAUUUAACAAAAAUAUGCGACAAGUGUGAUAAAAGUUGCUUGGAAUUUCGAAUAUUCGCGUGCGUUGAUGAUAAUUCUGGACCCUUUGAAUUUAGAGAAUUGCCAAUGAGUCAUAAUGCUGAAGGUUUUAAUCAACAUUUAGAAAAACAAAAAAAAAUAUGUAAACAAACAAUUGAAGAUAUCAAAGAACAAAUCAAACCGAUAAAUGAGAUUGUCAUUGAUGCCUUUGUUAAUUCAGGAACAGCACCACAUAUUAUCAAAGAACUUUACAACACGAUUCGUGAUAGUCAAAAGAAAUCGUUCAAGAGAUGUUUUACGCCAUGCAACAUCUAUAUUUAUGGUGACUCGAGAACUGGAAAGGAUUACUUGACACAAAUACUUUUCCCUGAUGCGUAUUACAAGUCGCAAAAUGAUGGAAUAUGGUUUCAAGGAUAUGAUGAAAAUAAAGUUUUUGUAUUUGAUGAUUUUUAUAAUCAUAACAUGGAAUUCUUGACUCUGUUGACAUUAAUCGAUAACAAGCCACACACUGUACAGAAAAAAGGCGGGCAUCUGAAUUUUUGUUCGUUUGUGAAUGUGUUUACAUCGAAUACGUCUUUGCGAACUCAAUAUGUCUAUUUCGAAGAUACUCCAUAUUUUGGGAAUGAGACUGUUAAAAUAGAAAACAAAAGAAAAUCUUCUUCAAUUUAUAAUCGAUUCGAUUAUAUUAUUGAAUACAAAAAGUUUAGAAACAAUGAUAAAAGGCCAUGCGAUUUUGAGUGUCUAUGUUGUUCAGUAAAAAGAAUUUUUCAUAAAGGCUUGUAUGAAAAUUUUAUUAACCUUCGAUUUGAUAUUGAAUUUAACUCUGAUGUUACUCUCGAACAAAUUGCUUACAUAACUGGAGAACAUAAUUUAAUCAAAGAAAGCAAUAGGAUCCGAUACUAUAACCAUAAUUUUAAAUCACAAGUUGACAAAUUUCAAUUAACAGAUUGUAGGAUUGAAAAUAAUUUAGAUGUUGAUACAAUCGUAUAUCCUGAAGUAAGAAGAAAAUUAGAAAAUAGAUUACAUAGAACUAAGAGAAAAAGAAUUCAGUUUAAAGGUUACAAAGAAGAUAAAAUUGAUUAUGAAAUUGAAGAAUUAGAUAAUAAUGAUAAAAAAUACGAUUCAGAUACAUCGAUGUCCUCAUUGUCUUCUAAUGAUUCUGAGACAACAAAACGUAGAAAAAAAGGAAAAGCU